AUGAAUAUCGCCGGCAUUGUCGCCCUGCUGGCAUUGGCGCUAUGUCAAGUCGCCCUCGCUGCCAAUGGCGACGCAUGGCGAGGAAGAUCAAUCUACCAGGUCUUCACUGAUAGAUUCGCUCGCACCGAUGGCUCAACAACUGCAUCGUGUGACACUGGUGCCGCUGACUACUGCGGCGGCACGUGGACAGGGUUGAUCAACAGGCUCGACUAUAUCCAGGAUCUUGGCUUCGAUGCUGUCUGGAUCUCGCCAGUCACUCACCAAGUAGAGGGUCAAAGCAUCGAUGGCUCUGCCUACCAUGGAUACUGGCAAGACGACAUCAAUGAAGUCAACGAGCACUUCGGCACAGCAGACGACUUGCGAGCUCUUUCGGCAGAGUUGCAUUCCCGGAACAUGUUUCUGAUGGUCGACAUUGUUGUGAACCACCUGGCUUGGAUCGGCGCUCCGGAUACCAUCGACUACAGCCAAUUUCCCCAGUUCAACAACGAGGACUAUUUCCACCCAUACUGCGUUAACAACUACAGCCAGGAUAACAUGACAAAUACCGAGCAGUGUUGGAUGGGCUCCACCAAUGUCCCUCUGCCAGAUUUGAGGACAGAAGACUCAGACGUACAAAACAUCUGGAAUGCCUGGAUCAGCAGGCUCAUCUCCGACUACUCCAUCGACGGUCUUCGAAUUGACUCGGUCAUGGAAGUGAACACAGGAUUCUGGCCUUCUUUCCUCGACGCUGCCGGAGUCUACGCACUGGGUGAGGUCUACAUGAACGACCCAGACUUCGUCGCAAGAUACCAAGGAUACAUGGACGGCGUUUUUAACUAUGCGUACUACUUCCCUCUCCGCGGCGCAUUCGUUCAGGGUGGCGACAUCUCCUCGCUAGCCGAAAUGAUUGACAAGGUCAAAGCUGGUGCAUAUCGGGACACGUCACUUCUGGGAUCCUUCAGCGAGAACCACGAUCAGCCAAGAAUUGGAGCGCUUAAUCCUGAUAUGGCACUUGCCAAGAAUGUGCUUGUUGGCACUAUGCUGGUCGAUGGCAUCCCUGUCAUCUACCAAGGCCAGGAGCUCCACUACCAAGCAUACGGCGGGCAGAGUACUCCAUUUAACCGCGAGGCGAUCUGGCUUUCUGGAUACCCUACCGAUGGCGAGCUGUACCAGGCGACCAAAGCAUGCAAUGCAGCGCGCAAGAAUGCUCAGGCCGACGAUUCGAGUUACUUGACGUUCCAGAAUUACCAUUUCUAUACCGAUGGCGAUACCCUUGCGAUGCGAAAGGGCAAGAUGGUCACGAUUCUUUCUCAGCUUAGCUCGACUGGCUCGAACUACACGCUGAACCUCGACUCUGGCUAUGACGCUGGCACACAAGUCACGGAGCUGUUGACUUGCUCUGACCUCACCGUCUCGAGCAAUGGAACGCUUGCCGUUCCUAUGAGCGCCGGUCAACCAAGAGUCUAUUACCCCACCGACUCCAUCGGCUCGCAAUGCGGCGGAAGUAGUAAGCGCAUGAUGCGCCGCUCUGCCAAGUUCCGCAACCAGCCAUGGCAGUAG